GACAGCGGCCCAUCCUGAACGACUCCUUAGAGCUACAGCCCUCUGAUAUCCCAGCGAUAAAUAAAUAGAAUGUCAAGUGCGCAUCUCAAAAAGCCGGCCGCGGCACCUCCGGGCCCCGGGUCGCAACAGCAACCGCCAGUUCCGAAGAAGUCGAUGGCUCUCAAAGCGCAAUCGAAACGCACCGUGACUGAGGAGGAGCUUAUGCAUAAAGACUCUAUCACUCCUGACGAUGUCCUUCGCUUGAACAGAUUCACACAGGAAUACUUGUGCGGACCGGAAGCGAAUCUUUUCAACAUCGAUUUCACCAGGUUCACCAUCAGGGACAUGGAAACCGGAAUGGUGCUCUUCGAGAUUGCCAAACCUCCCCCACAAGACCAAGACGACCCCGCCGCCGUGGAGCUGGAACCCGAGAUCACGGAUCCUAAUGCUGGUCGCUUCGUUCGGUAUCAGUUUACACCGCAGUUUUUGAAGCUCAAAACCGUAGGCGCAACGGUGGAGUUCACCGUCGGCGAUCGACCCGUGUCGCGCUUCCGUAUGAUCGAAAGACAUUUCUUCCGGGAUCAACUGUUGAAAACCUUUGACUUCGAGUUCGGCUUCUGCAUACCGAACUCGCGCAAUACUUGUGAACAUAUAUACGAGUUUCCCCAGCUGGGCCAGGAACUCGUCGACGAGAUGACUGCCAAUCCUUAUGAGACUAGAUCGGAUUCUUUCUAUUUUGUUGACGAUAAGCUCAUCAUGCACAAUAAGGCUGACUACGCGUACACGGGUGGCCGCAAUUGAAUGAGCGAACGAACGAAUUGCCCCAGUGUAUACCCUGAGUAGACGAGUCGAUUCCCUGGCGCAGCCUAAGAUGACUUUGGUCCUAGCGUUCAAUAUUUGAAUAUUAUGGAAUGCCGAAACAUCGAGGAAUUGCCCGGUUGAGGGUAGAGCUCGGUCAUCCCCAGCCGAAACGCUAAUGCAUACUACGAGACCGCGGUAGGGACGUCUGUCCUCGGGCCACACACGGAAGCGCGGAUCACAGAGCUCACCGAGAGACCGAUCUCUGCUGGAGAGCUGCGGUCAAACGAUCCGUCUCCCCCUCAAAAGAGCGGAGGGCAUCAAAUCUCCUAGGCAGCGAAACUCCAUGCAUCACAACCAUCGAUGUGGUCUCAAAUCUCUUUCACUGAUUUGUCCCCUCCAUUUUCUCCAUCGAAGAUUCACUUUUCCUUUAAUU